AUGCGCAUAUUCUGCCUCUGUUCUUCCUCCAAGUUGAUCAGAAUGGUGGACGAAGCGCGCUAAGCUGUUGUAGGCUAGUGGCUGGAAUAGUUAGGGUUCCUACAAAUUCACAAGAUUCGUCGUAGACACGUGGAAGAUAAAAGGCCAGCAACUCUUUGGCAUUACUACUGGAAUGCUGGACACUGAGUCCCCUGUCAUGGAGAGCAAUGGGGAUCCCUUUCUUCCUGACCUUCCUGUUUUAGGCCAAGGAGCUGAAUGGUCCUUGGACCAAGUUCCUGCAGAGCCACUCUCCAGCAUCUUGCCAGAGGACUCAGACACUUCUCAGGAUGCUCAAGUAACAGAGCAACAAAACCAAGAAAUGAACUCCUCUGGGCUGGGAUCUGUAGAGAAAGCUGUGGAGCAGUUUCAACUUGCCAGCACUGAGCUUUUUCAAGAGGAGCAGCCGCCACCACCUCCACCACCUCCACCACCACCAAUGGAAGAGGCCGAACAAGCACCAGAAUAUGCAGGGUCUCAACCAGAGACUGCUGCACAGGAUGGCAGUCAAGAUGGAGCUGAAGUGUCACAGGGGACAGAAGAAGGCAUGGAGCUUGAAGAGCCAUCCAAAGAAACCACAGAAGAAUCAGCUCUUCCUACAGAUCCACAAAUGCCGUCAGAGUUUGAGAAGCUCUAUAAAGUUUGUGAAGAUGGUCCAGAAGACUUCAAUGCCUGGGUCACCCUGCUGCAAUAUGUGGAGCAAGAAAACCUCCUUGAACCUGCAAGAAAGGCUUUUGAUGUCUUCUUCCUACGUUAUCCUUACUGCUAUGGCUACUGGAAGAAGUAUGCAGAUCUUGAGAAAAAGCAUGGCAACAUACAAGUGGCUGAAGAGGUUUACAGAAGAGGCUUGCAGGCUAUCCCUCUCAGUGUGGACCUCUGGAUUCAUUACCUCACGUUUAUUAAAGAAAACUCUGAUCUCAGUGAUCCAGAAACUGAGGGCCGCAUUCGAGCCUCCUAUGAACAUGCAGUGCUUGCAGCAGGGACAGACUUUCGCUCAGACCGCCUGUGGGAGUCCUUCAUAAACUGGGAAACAGAACAGCAGAAGCUGGCUAAUGUUACUGCCAUCUACGAUCGCAUCUUGAGCAUCCCAACCCAGCUGUAUUCCCAGCACCUUCAGAGGUUCAAGGAUCAUGUUCAAAGCAACCAUCCCAAAUACUUUUUAUCAGAAGAGGAGUUUGUUCAGCUUAGGCUUGAGCUCUCUAAAGCUAGCCUCUCGGCAGUUGUUGGUGAAGAUGGGGAGGCGAAUGUUGCUCAGGAGGAGCUACCGCCUGGUACUGAAGAUCUUGCAGAUCCUGCUAAGAGAGUGACAGAGAUUGAGAACAUGCGCCACAAGGUGAUCGAGGCUCGACAGGAAGUGUUCAACCACAAUGAACAUGAAGUCAGCAAGCGCUGGGCCUUUGAGGAGGGGAUAAAGAGACCGUACUUCCACGUGAAAGCCUUAGAGAAGACACAGCUGAACAACUGGAAGGAAUACUUGGACUUCGAAAUCGAAAACGGGACCCCGGAGCGUGUGGUUGUUCUGUUUGAAAGAUGCCUCAUCGCUUGUGCCCUCUACGAGGAGUUCUGGAUCAAGUAUGCAAAAUAUCUAGAGGGCUUCAGCACUGAUGGCGUCAGACAUGUCUUCAAGAAGGCGUGCACCACCCAUCUGCCCAAGAAACCAACCAUUCACCUGCUGUGGGCAGCCUUCGAGGAGCAGCAAGGCAACAUAGAGGAGGCUCGUGGAAUCCUGAAGUCCCUGGAGGAAAUGAUCCCAGGUCUGGCCAUGGUGCGUCUUCGGAGGGUCAGUCUGGAACGUCGCCGUGGUAACUUGGAGGAUGCGGAGAUGCUGUUGAGGGAGGCGAUGGAGUUGGCGAAGAAUGCUACAGAGACAUCUUUCUACGCUGUGAAGUUGGCCAGACAGCUGAUGAAGGUGCAGCGGAGUCUGAGCAAGGCCAAGAAGGUGUUGCUUGAUGCCAUCGAGAAAGACCAGACGAGUUCACGACUUUAUCUAAACCUGCUUGAGCUGGAAUACAGUGGAGACGUGACGCAGAAUGAGGUGGAGAUCUUGGCUUGUUUUGACCGUGCUCUGAAGAGCCCAAUGCCUCUGGAAUCCCGCAUGCUGUUUUCCCAGCGCAAGGUUGAGUUCCUAGAAGACUUCGGAAGUGACAUCAAUGUGCUUGUGGCAGCAUAUGAAGAACAGCAGAACUUACAGAAAGAAUCCGACAAUUUAAAGAGGAAGGCUGAGAACGGAUAUGACAGCUCUCAGGAACCAGAUGCUAAAAGACAGCGUGCUGAUGAUGGUUCUGCAGUUGCAGCAAAUGCCAUGACGGACAUGCAGGCAAACAACUCUGCAUAUAACUACAACUGGUACCAGCAACAAUAUGGCAAUUGGGGACAAAAUUCCUGGGGACAAUACAACCAGUAUGCCCAGUACAACCAGUACUACCCACCUCCUCCUACAUAAUAAGAGGUUCUUAAAUAAAAAUGGCGAUGGACCUCUUCUGACCUUCUUAAAUUUCAGAACAAAUAAAUUGGUGUCAUGGAGAUUUCUAUUUAACCACAUAGAAUGUGUUUUUUUUCCAUUCUCUUUCCUUUUAAAUCGGGAAAAUACAUGAUACACCCCUUGGUUAGAGUAGGUUUGGCCCUCCAUGGCAGCAAUAGAUUUUUAAUUUUAUUUUUUUUUUCUCUUCUUUUUUCUUGUCCUUAAGGAACAUUGAUACCGGCAUCAUCUCUAGCGCUGUUUUCAUUUUUGGCUUAAUGAGUUAAUGUUAUGUGUGAAGGCAGAUUUAUUUUCCUGUAUAAUGAAAGUUUUUUUUUUUUUUUUUUAAAUUGGACGACUUGAUUUGCUGUCUUUAUGUUUAGGAUUUAAACUUGUAAAUGAGGCAUUUACUGAUGCAUAAGUUGUCUCUCCUUCCAAAAAGUUAAGAUUUUUAAUGUUUCAUGCUUAUUUCCAUGAAGAGUUCCUUGUUUUUUUUUAUUUGAAUUGAUUUCAUAAUAAAGACAUUAAUAUCCCUAA